ACAAUUUAAGCAUCGAAUUAUAUUAAGUAUCCUCGCAACAAGUGUCUGUUAUUUUAAUCGGCAAUAUGUGUGUGCGAAGUAUUUUGUUGACUAUUUGUGGGCUUUAUGCGCUAUUUGCUUUGACAGUGGCAGGCCAAAACGUAACCAACGACAAAAUAAGUAACAACAAUAGUUCUUUGUCAAGUGAAGAAGAAGAAAGGUGCGGUAGCACCCAAGAUAUGGUAGACGAGUGCUUCAAGGACUUACCGCCGCAUCUAAUGGAAUUCCUGCAAAAUACAAAAGUCGUCAUCAGCAAGAAAGAAAUUAUUGCCAAAUGCAAUGUUUUCAAUCGCGGCAUGAAAUGUUUCGAUGCUUACUCGGCACGUUGUCUGCAAAACCGCAAGCUGAGCAUGUUUAAAAAUAACGUCGAGGGCGCACGCAAAUUUUUCAUCAAAUUUUGUAGUGACGUCGAUUUUCAGCGAGAUUACCUGCGGCACAAGGACUGCUUCGCUUACAUACAACUGGAUUGGGUGCGCUGCACAAAAGAGUUUCAGAAUAUACUUACUGAAGAGCUGCACGAUACCACGCGUAAUGUGACUGACAAAUUCAUGGAAUUCUGUUGUGCACGUUAUGCCUAUGAGAACUGCAUAUACAAUAGUGCACGGUUCAAAUGCUACAAGCACUCGGCUGAAUUUGCUCGCGAAACGGCCAAAAUGCUGUCGGAUGAGAAGCAUUUCAGCAAUUGUCGGUACUACGAGGACGCCAUUUGCGCUGGAACGCAACGGUUCAGAGCUUCACAUUCGAGGGGCCUCCUGUUCUUUUUGUUUUUACUGCUGUUGAGUCGGCGCAUGAUGCAAUCACAUCUGCCAUAAGCCGGCAGAUUGGCACGCUCGGUUGAUAUACUUGUAGUCUAAUAAGAAUGCAUAGCAUUGGUGAAGUAAUAGAGGACGUGGUCGUAUUUGUGUGAUUCUUAGAGUACUGCUUCUCAUGCUCAUCUAUUCAAUGAAGAGCGGUACUUUUUAGUUAUAUAAGUGUGAAA